AGACGCUGAUAUAGCAAGUAUCAAUGGGUGCUUUAAGUACACAAGCACUAUCCUGAAAAGCACUCUAGAUCUGAAGAAUGAAACAUUACUCAAAAAUCAAACGCAGGCUUUACUACAGGUUGCCAAGAAUCUAUUCCAAAAUCUUGGUGAGUAUUCAGGGUUUAUGUCUGGUUUGCUUAGAGACGUAGGGGUCCCUUUAGACCCCAAUAGCAACAGUAUGCACAACUCUAAAAAAGACCCCUUGAAUGCCAAAUCAAAAACUCGCGUAAAAUCUAAAAACAAUAAAAAAGUAAACAUCGCAAAUAAGGCUUUGAAACCAACAUUGAAAAGUAAAACUAAUGCUGCUAAGACAUUAAAUAAAAGAAAAGACGAGACGUCUAAAUCCUUGCCACCACUUAGAAUCGGAGGAAAGUCUGUUACCUCAUCAUUAAGACAGGGCCAGGCAGAUAACAGACCUACCCUUUCAAAAGUGACAGCAUCUCAUAAAAGAAAAAUACCAGUGAGGAAUUUAUCAAGCCCUAAAAAACAAAUAAAGAGGGAUAUUUGGAGUGAAUCCCCGUCACGUUCAUAUCACCUUCGUAGUCGACUUGGAGUUACACGAUCUGGUAACAUUUACAAUCAGGCAUCAUUAACGGCUGCAGAAGGUUCCAAAUCGGGAUUAAAUAAUUCAGAUGAAUGGUCACCACUGCUUUCCUCUCAGACUGUUAGUGUCCAAUGGCUUAAUACAAAGAUUCUACAAGUUCAUCCCCAAAUGCCAACACAGGCCCCGAGAAGUUUGCAGGCCUCUGAGCAUCACCAAGAGUUGAGUAAGCUGACAUAGGAUAAGAGUAGACUAAAAAUGUAAGAUGUAAGAACUAGUGGCAGUUAUUGAACUAACAACCCCCGACCACAGGGCUUCAAAAUCCAGAAUAUAUUCUUUCUUUUUACCCCUGCGAUAAGCAGUUAGCAUUUCCCCGAUUAAGAACUCGCAAUCUGAUAAGUUGUCGCAACACUGCGACAGAAAUCAUGUAUAAGUCAUUGUGCAUAAUAAGAUCACAUACAUGUAAUUCAGUUUAAUCGGGCACUUCCAAAUUGGUUAUAGCAGGGGGGAAGAAGGAGGUACUGAUUCUGGACACUUGCUUAG